ACAAGUGAUGGUCAUGACCAUACCCUGACAAAACCGCAAAUUUACGCCGAAGGAACUGAACAGCAAGAACAACUUCUCGACAUUUUCAAGAAGUUACUCUGCGAGUUGCUGGAGGCAAACUCUUUCCAGACGGAUAGAUUUUUAAAUUUCUGCUCAAAGCUGCAUUACACAGGCGAAACGGCGACCUCAGUCGACUACCUUUCCCUCCUUUGCUAUCCAAUGGAUAUUCAUUGCAAAGCAGACCCCUUCUCGGCGAUGCACCGGCAUGGGGGUGUAAACCAGCUAGGGGGGGUGUUUGUGAAUGGCAGACCCCUACCUGAUGUUGUGAGGCAAAGAAUUGUGGAGCUGGCGCACCAAGGGGUCAGACCUUGUGACAUCUCCAGACAACUCCGGGUCAGCCAUGGCUGUGUCAGCAAAAUCCUUGGCAGAUACUAUGAGACCGGCAGUAUUAAACCUGGAGUUAUCGGGGGCUCUAAACCAAAAGUGGCAACUCCCAAAGUUGUGGACAAAAUUGCAGACUACAAACGGCAAAAUCCAACAAUGUUUGCUUGGGAAAUACGGGAUCGACUUUUGGCCGAAGCUGUCUGCGACAAUGACACUGUACCUAGUGUGUCAUCCAUCAACAGGAUUAUACGGACCAAAGUUCAGCAGCCUUUUCAUACAUCGCCGGACGGAACAGGAACUCCCCUCAGCACCGUGGGCCACACCAUAGUCCCCAACACUGCCUCACCCCCAGUGUCCAGUGCCUCCAAUGACCCAGUCGGCUCCUACUCUAUCAACGGCAUUCUGGGAAUCCCCCGUUCCAAUGGAGAAAAGCGAAAACGAGAGGAUGUUCUCUGGAGUGGCAACCACUUGGAUGGGAGGAAAAUAGGAUAUUAUGGUUCUGAUGGGUCGGGGCCGAACAGCGAUUCUCAGGGCAGCGUGGAGAGUUUACGGAAGCACCUGAGGGCAGACGCGUUCACCCAGCAGCAGCUGGAGGCUCUGGACCGGGUGUUUGAGCGGCCAUCUUACCCGGACGUCUUCCCCACAUCGGAGCACGUCAAACCGGAGCAGGCUAACGAAUACUCGCUACCAGCACUGAACCCCGGACUGGACGAGGUCAAGCCCAGUCUCUCGACCAGCGCCAGCUCGGACCUGGGCUCCAGUGUGUCACAAAGCUACCCGGUGGUGACAGAGUGGCAUCCGUCCUCGGUGUGUGUAAAGCGGGAGCCCCACGAGGCUUCUCUGGCCCCCUUCACCCCCUCCUCCUCCUCCUCCUCCCUGGCAGCUGUGGGCCUAGCUGAGCUCCUGCCCCUCCAGCCCAGCGUGUCAGUAGAUGCCUCCACCCCCUGCUGCGCUGCCUAUGCCCACCAUGGCCCCGGCUACGGCCAGUAUGCCAGCCAGCCUAUUAUAGCAGGUCGUGACAUGGCGAGCACCACUUUACCGGGAUACCCCCCUCAUGUACCCCCCACGGGCCAGGGCAGCUACCCCACUUCAACUCUUGCUGGAAUGGUGCCUGGAAGCGAUUUUUCUGGAAAUCCAUACUCCCACCCACAGUAUACAACAUACAAUGAAGCAUGGCGGUUCAGCAAUCCAGCAUUACUAAGUUCCCCUUAUUAUUAUAGUGCCGCGUCCCGGGGAUCGGCUCCGCCCACUGCUGCCACUGCCUAUGACCGCCACUAGUUACCAUGGAAACCAAAUCACACUGAAGGACCAUGGCGGAGGCCUCCAUAUCGCACCAGUCUGAAUGGUGUUAAAAAAGACAAAAGACAAUGGCUCCAAAAGAAACCAGUUCAAGGGGGCAAGUGUUGGAGAUCAAGGGGAUCAGCUGAUGGGCGCGAGAUCCACACCCACUGAAGUCCACUCCCCGGACCCACAGAGCAUUCAAAACAUCAGGCGUCGUUCUUUUACACGACGAAGACCUGGCGAUUUCCACAGGGAAC